AUGUGGAAAGCAGGUUCUCGAAAACGACAACUUGGUCAUAACCCAGCCGCGCACCACACUACCAAACCGAGUAGGGAUCGACGUCGCGAUGACGAUGGAACAAUCCUGGAUGCUCCGUCACUAAAGAGAGUGGAUACCUCAGUGGACUCCGAUCUUGGUUCAUUACGGGACGCUGUGAAAAUGCUGGUAAAUUCUCGCGAAAACGCGAACAGGAUCCAGACGACCUCUGGGGAAUCUGUAAUCGGCGAAGACAUGAGUGAAAACGUUGGCCUUUCGACAACAGAUACGGGUUUUCUCGUAGAGAAGGCCGAGGAAGCAGCCAAUGAAAUGCAAAAAGACGAUUUACGGCAGAAUUCGAAUGAGACCAUAACUACUGAAAUUGAAUAUAAGAGAGAGCCUCCUGAGAUGGCCAAAAGGGGUCAAACUUCCAGUAAAAAAUUUCGAGGGGAUACAAGAUCGAUCAAGAAGCCAUUGGCUGGAAGCAAAGAGAUUCCGCUGGAGAAGUCUGACUUGAAUAUGGCAACAUGCAAAACGCAGUUGUCAGCGAAAACAACGACUUCACUGAAGUCAUCCACAGCUGCCAAACGAAAAAAGAAGGGGAAGACAACUAGUAGCGAAAUUAUCGCCUGUUCGUCUUCCAAGGUCACACCGAGCAACUCACGCGAGGCUUCCUUCCAAGAUGAGCCGAAGCGUAAAGAAGACCGACCGCUCUCCCUCAAGCGGCGCUGA